UUACUGUAAAAUUAAUUACAGGACACAGAAAUUCUACUGAAUUUCAUUUUACAGUAAUAAAGCUGUAACAUGCUUUACAAUAAUUACUGGAAUCCAGCCACCAGUAAGAUGGUGUCAAAUCUACAACAACUAUUUCACAGUGCACACACUACACUAAUUUCUUCAACCACUGCAGACCUUUCUAGCACCACUUAAGGCAAAGGACUGCAUGAGGAAGGAUAGCUCACAAAAGUACAAUACAAAGCAGGAAGGGUGUUAGGGUACCCUCAUUUACUGCCUCAAGCAGCUGCUGUCUCCAAGGGCACUUCCAACACUGUACGGGGGGGCUGUAGGGGAAUACCAGCAGUCAAAAUAGUUAAGCAACCAAGGCUGCUGAAAUCCCUGCCUGCUCACACACACUGGAUUAUCACUCUUUGAAGCAAAGAUUUGGGAAUGGCAAGGGCAUCGUGCCCCCACCUGGGGUGGAGGCGGAGGAGGGAGGGGGUCUGAUAAUAAUUCUUGGCACUAGCAGACUUGCUUUCCAUCUGCCAGCUGUGUUCUUGAGUGGUCUGGCUGCCUGUGGGGUAGCGUUUUGGGUAAAAGUCCUGGAAAAUUCGGUUAAUUUCACUCCAAACUGAGCAGAACGUUUCUCCAAGUUGUCAUCCAUUUUCCACACAAAAUCAAUGAUCACCUGGCAGAGUGCAGAGAGAUGGAGGUCUGUUAUCACUAAGGUCAUCUGAACCAGGAUCCAAAAUGGCUUCUCCAGCACUAACUGCAUGUGUGUGUGUCCUGCUGCUGCACACUGUUAGAGGUUUGCAGUCAGAGGACAGAGAGGAGAGACUCUGUGCCUUCAGCAACAAUCUUCAGGGGGCGGAGUCUGCCUCCAUCAAUGGGAGGCGAAGAGUGGUGAAAGAGAACGGCACCAUUCACUGCAGCCGUGGUUCCAGCUGCUAUGGAUUAUGGGAAACAAGAGCAGAUGGAGAAAUGCUGCUCUUGAAGCAAGGUUGUUGGACAUUUGUUGGUAACCAGCAUGAGUGUCAUGAUGAUGGCUGUUUCUUGGCAACAGCUGCAUCUUCUCAAAGGCAGAAAGACAACUAUCGUUUCUGCUGCUGCAACCAGGACCUCUGCAAUGCCAACUACACCAAAGCCCCGCCCACCACCACCUCACCGAACCAUCACCAGUUCAUGUCAGAGCAGUCAGCUGUCAGCACCAUGGUAACCGUCACCACGGCUGCCAUUCUCAUCGUGGCUCUGUUCCUGGGAUACCGUGUGAUGAAAAGGAGAGAGAAGCGACGUCUGUCUGCUGCAGAUGUGAUGGAAGCAGCAAACGCCGAGGCAGCCAGAGAUGUUGGCAGCUUGGAACUGCUGGAGCUGAUUGGUCGGGGCCGUUACGGCUCUGUUUUUCGUGGCUGUCUGAAUGGACAGCGUGUAGCCGUGAAAGUCUUCAGUUCUGCUAAUCGGAAGAAGUUCCUCAGUGAACGCUCCAUGUACCGCCUGCCACUGCUACAGCAGCACCACAACAUUGCCAGAUUUCUGACUUCUGAGGAAAAGAUGUCCACCGAUGGCCAUCGGGAAUCCCUCAUCGUCAUGGAGUUCUACCCACAUGGCUGUCUGUCUGAAUACCUGUCCCUCCACACGGUGGACUGGCUCACCUGCUGUAGGAUGACUCACGAUGUCACCAAAGGGCUUUCCUUCCUUCACACUGAACUACGCAGAGGAGAGCUGUACAAACCAGCUGUGGCUCACAGAGACCUGACCAGCAGGAAUGUUCUGGUCCGACCCGAUCUGUCUUGUGUCCUUGCUGGCUUUGGGGCAUCCAUGAAGCUAACAUCUAACAAACCUUGUCACCCAGGGGACAAUGACAGCAUGGCCAUAAGUGAGGUGGGAACAGUGCGCUACAUGUCCCCUGAGGUUCUAGGCAGAGGCUUAAAUCUCAAAGACUGUGAGUUGGCACUGAAGCCAGUGGAUAUAUACGCCUUAGGUUUGCUCUAUUGGGAGAGCUUCAGGAGGUGCUCUGACCUAUUUCCAGGGGAAACGGUUCCACAGUACCAGCUGGCCUUCCAGGAGGAACUCGGGAAUCAUCCACGUUUUGAGGACAUCCAGGUCCUGGUGGUCAGAGACAAACGCAGACCCAGAUUCCCUGAAGCCUGGAAGAGGAACAGCUUGGCAGUGUGGUCUCUAAAAGAAACUAUGGAGGAAUGUUGGGAGCAGGACUCGGAGGCGAGGCUCACUGCUCAGUGUGCAGAGCAACGACUUGCUGAAGUCACACUCUUGAGUCCACACACCAAACUGGACGACCACAGACCCAAAACAGUCACAGCAGAUGACUGGAGGAGCUCUCAGCCUGGCUCUGUUUACUCAGAAGACUCUCAGUCAGGGCAGAGGAAACAUCUCCAGCACAAUGAGCAGCAUGCAGCUCUUCUCUGUACGUCAACACGUGAAGCAAAAGCUGGAGAGAAGAACUGCAAGUCUGACCUGGAGUUUCAACAGACACAGCAGCAGACUCUGCCUCAGAGGCCCACCAGUCUCCACCUGCUCCCUAAGAAGAAGACCACCUCUGCCUCAGCUCGAUCUACGCUUGGGAAGUUCAAGUUUCUUUAUGAACAGGUGGAAACGGGUGUUGCAAAGAUGAACACAGUAACAGAAUUUUCUGUUUUGGCUGAGCCACACCUGGUAACUACAGUUACCAACAACGCUAUCAUGAGGAGCAGCUCUGUAAACGGGAAAGGGGUCAACUGUGUAUGUAGGAGUUAUGCCGAAAGUGUCCCAGCCCUGGUAGGAAAUUCUGUGACAGGAAGAGGAAGAGUCAACCCUGCAGGACCUCAGAAUGAGGAGGAGGAGGUUGAGGUAAAUCUGGAAAUUGGGAUAAAAGGAGACGACAGCCGCCUGAGUCUGCUCAACUGUGGUCCUGAGGAACAUGAACCUCUGCUGAGGAUGGAGCAGCUCCCUGCAGAGAGUGAACCCCAUCCUGCAUAUCAGCCUUCUCAAAACGAAGCUGGGGACAUCUCGACAGGACUGGGCUCCAAUUCCAACAACAACAACAACAGCCCCGCACCACACACACAAACCUAUCAAAGUGGAAGUGGAGCUAGUGUUUUAAAAGCAGAAUUAGGACAAGCAGCUGAGACUUUGAGUGGAUACUCUGCCUCAGUCUCUCAGCAGGAACAUGAAAUCCCAGGUCCUGGUUUAAGGACUCCAUCUCUGUACAAUGGCACACUAACAGUUGAGGUUCCUCUCACCAUCCAGAACGAAGCUGACAGGUCGGAUAGAAGCGCUCAUCAGAAAACUGCCAAAAAUGCUUCAGCUUUGGAUUUCACACGAGAAGAUCAGCUGCUUAGAUCUGCUGUCAUCAUCCCUUCAUCUGACCCAAAACAUCAACUUAGUGUCUCAGAAAAAGCUCUUGAGGAAAAGGUUCCAGCAGCUCUAAAACGCCAACUGUCACAGGAACCAGAUCCACCAUCCCAAGAGGCUGUGAUUUCUGAUACACUAACCUGCCUUCAAACACCAUCAUCUUCAAAACCUUCAGUUUUAGAAGAUCCAUCAAUGUACCAAGAAGCUUCACCUUUGACCCCAGAAAUAGCUCAAUCAAAGGCUAAUCUUGUUAAAGGCUCAAAGUUACAACAUGAGGAUCUGCAGAUUCCAACCGGAGAACCAAAAGCACCAGAUUUGAUGCAACAUCCCAAAGCCAGGAGGCGGCCCUGCUCCUUAGAGCUGUCCUCAUCCUGCAUCUCCUCAGGUGAUGUUUUCAUGACCAGUGAUGGCAGUUUAAGUGCCACAGGGAAGAAAAUUAAACAGCGCGUAAAGACUCCAUACACUCUGAAGAAAUGGUGCACGACAUCAUGGGUUGCAUCUACAGACUCCUCUCUUGAUUCAGACUUUGAAUGCAGCACCAGGACCGGUGGCAGCUGUCAAGUUGCUUCUGGUGUUAAGAAAGGGCGUGUUGGGAUCCAGAAAAUGAACCAGUCUAAAUCCAGCAUGGCUGUCUUUGUGGUUGGAGAGGGAGGGACAGCAACAAAAACCUCUGAGCAUGACGGAAUGAUCUGCUUUUGAAUAAACAGUCGUUCCAAUCUCUUUUUUGAGAUAGACCCUCUCAGUUUA